CACAUCAACCCCCUAUGCAUCUUUACACAGCGAACAUACUAACAAAUAAUACAGUCGCGCUCUGGCGGCCUUAUUAUAUCGCUGUUAUAUAACAUAGAGUGUCUUGUUAAUCUUUACUAUUUAUAUUUUUUGGGCGUACCUAUAUUACUCCAUACUACAUAUUGUCUAAUCAAGGCCGGACAUCAUUCUACCAACCUGCUACCUACGACAACGAAUAUAUCGGGAGGCAGAGAAACCAUGGCGACAACACUCGCCCAAAUCGCGGUCCAAUACGUCCCGUCCAACGGCGGCUGCAUGCUGGAUAUGACAGCGGCAGCGGCCCGCUUAUUCGACGUCUGCAGCACCGUCCACAUCCGCAUUCCAGAUAUUCCCCAGCAACGAAUCGAUGUCCAGUCGGGGAUGAUCUGCAUCAAGCCCUCGGAGCCGGUUCCGAGUAUGGUGGAUGCGUAUCGUGAGCAGUACGUGUAUCCGACUGUGGCCGUGCUGCGGCCGACGGGUGAGGCGACAUUGCCGCCAAAGCAGCAGCAGCAGCAGGGGUUGAGACUACCGACGUUUGAAAGGCCGGGGAGACUGGCGCAGGGGGGUGUGCCUAUGGGUAGUGGUGGAGGUGAUCGAAAAGGGGAUGGUAAUAAUGAUGAUGAUGAUGAUGAUGAUGACGAAGUACAGACAAGCAAAGGAGGCCAAGAGAGUCACAGCACAUCAACUCUCUACCGCCAUGGCCCCUUGUCUACGAUGAAGACUCGUGUAAGACCAGCACAGUCGACGACAUGCACCACGAUAUCAAUAGAGUCUACUGUUCAAGUCACGCGUUUAAUAGAAACGUCAGAUACCUCGUUAUUAUCAACAACAUCAACACCUACAACUCAACUACAUGCUAGCCAGCCGAGUAAUAAGCCCUCUUCUACUUUAAUAACCAGCACAAUCUCCUCGCCGUCUCCAUCGCAAGAAUCCUCGAUUUAUAUUCCUGCACUAUCUAUAUCAACACCGCAACCGCAAGCCCCUCCCGCAGAACGUCCAGUUACCUCUGCUCUUGAUCCCGCUCCUCCUGCUCCCACCAUCCCCUCUCUUCCACAACUACCACCACCUCCGCCGCCGCCACCUACUCUCCCAGGGUACUGCAAAUCUCCCUACUUCAACCUCGACGUAACCACCAUCACCGCCCUAGACCCACACGACCUAGCCCUCCACCUAAACCUACUUGGUAUUGCCGGGCUUGAGCAUGUUACCACGCCUACUCCUACCACUUCCAUCGUUAUCGCCGCCGCUGCCGCCAGUAGCAGUGGUAGUAGUAGUAUUGACAGCAGGAGUAGCAGCAGUCGCACCCGCAGCAGCAGUCGCAGUGGUGACAGUAAUGAUAUUGCCGCCUUACUCCGCCACCUCCUCACCGCCGCAAUCAACGACGACGAAACGCGCGCCAUACGCCGCGAGUUCGAGCGCUCGUAUCGCGUUCGGUGCGGGACGCCUUUGGUUCCUUCGUUUCCUUGGGGCAAGGAUCCGGGCAAGGGCAAGGGGAACGAUGAGAAGGGAGGAGGAAAGGGGGAAGAGAGAAAAGUAAACGUAGGAUCGCAAAGAGAGUGUCUUGAGAUGUGUGAACGGGAGGCGAUUUCCAGGGCGAGAGAGGGGGUCGUGAGGGAGUGUGUUGGGGCUGCGUGGUAUAGGGGUUUAGGGAAUGCGGAUGCGGAUGCGGAUGCGGAUGGGAACUGUAUGUUUUGGAUUGGGGGGAGGGAUGAGGUGUUACCGGUGGAGAGGUUAGGGGUGGAAUCAGUGGUUGGGAGGGGAGGGGAUUGGGACUUGGUUUAUUUAUGA